ACAUUCAGUCCAGGUUCAUUGCUGGUGUCAUUCACAAUGCGGCGUCUGCGUUCAUCUUAUCUUCUGCCAUUGCUUGUGCAUUUGUGCACCGGUGCAGACUGGUGCUACCAGACACAAGUGCUCUGUGAUGGCCACUGUAAAGGUCCAGACCGAUGGAGAGAAGUACAUCCAGAAUGUGGAAACAACAGACAAUCGCCGAUCAACAUAGUGACGAAGAAAACCAAACUAGAUGAGCGACUCACGCCUUUCAAAUUCUCCGGCUAUCAGAAUGUAUUCGACAGCACCAUCAGGAACAACGGUCACUCUGUUCAGGUCAAUAUCCCUGUACCAGCCACAGUGUCUGGAGGAAACCUGGGAGAAACAUACAAGGCCGUACAGUUCCACCUUCACUGGGGCACCGACGGAGGGCCUGGAUCUGAACACACGAUCGAUGGAGAGCAGUACCCUAUGGAGCUGCAUAUUGUCCAUAUGAAACAAAGAUACAACAAACUAGAAGAUGCGCUCAAAGACCCGUCUGGAGUUGCAGUGUUGGGGUUCUUCUACGAGGAGUCGAGCAGCACAAACAAAAAAUAUGACCAGCUCACACAUUCCCUGCGUAGUGUGCAGAAUGCGAAUGGAAACACGACCCUUCGCAGGAUCUCUCUGAAUCAGCUCAUUCUGUCCGAAGGGAAUAUGACCAACUAUUACCGGUACGACGGAUCACUGACCACACCGGGCUGCACGGAGGCUGUCGUGUGGACUCUCUUUGAAAACCCAAUUCCUCUUGACAGAGAACAGCUUCGGGUGUUCUCUUCCCUGAAGUUCCAUGAUGGGAAAGCGAUGGUGGGCACGUUUAGACCCGUACAGCCUCUAAACAAGCGUGCUGUGUAUCGCUCCGGCGGUGCUGCCGUUCUGACCAGCGCCACACUUCUGUUCGUCUCCAUCAUGACAACGUUUGUCCUGUCCCAUCUCAACUAGAACGAGACCCAACAUCUGCACCAUGAGUUCUCAUCCAAUCAAAGCGCCAACCUGAUCAAGCCAAACCGCAGAACUACAGCGUCACACAUGAAACCCUAAAAGUCCGUUCACUGCAUGAGGAGAAUUAGACGUGUGCUCACAGCUAUCAAUAGAGACUAAACGUGUGUGACCCGCUGUGAAGAGCUGGUAAAAGAUGCAUGACCCAUCGUAGAGGCCGGCCAAGACUCUUGCAUAUGUGCACGUACACACACACAGAACUAUAUUUAUGAGGUUAAUGCUUUUGAGUUGCUGUAUAGGUGCAUUACAAACACACUACACGUGCACGACGCAAAUAUCAAGGGUGAAAGGUCAUCUAGCCCGGACUUGUCUGCUGAGAAUAGAUCAAAGCAGUUAAGCACAGAAACGACAGGGGAUGCAAACACACACACACAACUUGACAUUUACAUUAAUGCUCUUGGCGAACAAAUUCGUACGUCACUUAAAGGGACAGUUCACCCAAAAAUAAUUUAUUCAGCCUUUUUUACUAUAAACUCUCCAUUUUCACUUUCAUGAUGCAUAUUGCACCUACCGGGUAGGGAGGAGAAUUUAUAGUUAAAAUAUAUAGGACUUAAAUAUUGAUCUGUGUCCCACACCUAUCAUAUCACUUCUGAAGGCAUGGAUUAAACCACUGGGGUCUUGUGGAUCACUUUUAGGCUGCCUUUAUGUGCUUUUUGGAGCUUUUAAGUUCUAGUCACCAUUCACUUGCAUUGUAUGGAACAACAGAACUGAAAUAUUCUUCUAUAAGAAAGAAAGUCAAACAUGAGGAUGACAUGAGGGUGAGUAAAUAAUGACAGAUUUCUCAUUUUGGGGUGAACUGUCCCUUUAAGACAAAGCAAACUCUUAAAUUGCUUAUCGUUCAGUAGGUCAACAUUAAGAUGCUGUAUUCUGUGAGAGGACAUUUACAAAACAGUUUCACAACAGUUCAUUGAGUCAUUCUCAGGAAGUGGUGCCACCUGUGCCAAUAUUGUGCAUGCACCCCCCGCUCACAAGUGGCACCGUGUCCUGGCGAGUGACCCACACACCCCGUCUUGUGCGUGUUCACUGUUCAGCUGAUUACAUCUGGACUCAUGCAUCAUACACUAAAGACUGUUCGGUUUGGGGCUUUUAUUCAGGUCUGUUGUGAGAUCACAUGAAUUGGGUUUUGUAGAAUUUAUGGGUGUCAGAUCCACUGAACGCUUGAACCAGUGCUUGA